GGGUCUGCGGGAAUGUGGGCUGGAGCGGCCGCGCCGCGGUGCCAGCCUCCAGCCUGCUGCCGGGACUGGCCCUGACCAGGCGCGCCCGCUGCUCGGCGGCAGGAGGGCCGGCGGAGCGCCAUGGCCUGCAUCCUGAAGAGAAAGUCUGUGAUUGCAGUGAGCUUCAUAGCAGCAUUUCUCUUCCUGCUGAUUGUGCGUCUUGUAAAUGAAGUGAAUUUUCCCUUGCUACUAAACUGCUUUGGACAACCUGAUGCAAAAUGGAUACCAUUCUCCUACACGUACAGGCGGCCCCUUCGAACUCAUUAUGGAUAUGUAAAUGUGAGGACACAAGAGCCUUUGCAACUGGACUGUGACCUUUGUGCCAUAGUGUCAAACUCUGGUCAGAUGGUUGGCCAGAAAGUGGGAAGUGAGAUAGAUCAGUCCUCCUGCAUUUGGAGAAUGAACAAUGCUCCCACGAAGGGUUAUGAAGAAGACGUUGGCCGCAUGACAAUGAUUCGCGUUGUUUCCCACACCAGUGUUCCUCUUCUGUUAAAAAACCCUGAUUAUUUUUUCAAGGAAGCCAACACUACUAUCUACGUUAUUUGGGGUCCUUUCCGUAACAUGAGGAAAGAUGGCAAUGGCAUUGUGUACAACAUGUUGAAGAAGACGGUUGAUGUCUAUCCAAAUGCCCAAAUUUAUGUGACCACAGAGAAGCGCAUGAGUUACUGUGAUGGAGUCUUUAAGAAGGAAACUGGCAAAGACAGAGUCCAGUCUGGCUCUUAUCUCAGCACGGGGUGGUUUACCUUCAUUCUGGCCAUGGAUGCCUGCUACGGCAUUCACGUCUAUGGGAUGAUAAAUGACACCUACUGCAAGACAGAAGGGUAUAGAAAAGUCCCGUACCACUACUAUGAACAAGGACGUGAUGAAUGUGAUGAAUAUUUUCUUCACGAACAUGCACCAUAUGGGGGACAUAGGUUUAUCACAGAAAAGAAAGUGUUUGCUAAAUGGGCCAAAACCCACAGGAUUAUAUUUACACACCCGAACUGGACAGUGUCUUGAUGUUGGUUUCCCUGAUAUUGUCAUUACACUU